AGUGGAUUGGACCCCAAGAGAAAAAGUAGGAACAGUUUGAGAGGGUUUGAACAGACAGAGAGUGCGACAAAGAGCAACACUGAUGGAACAGAAGGGGUGUAUGAUAGUGAGCAAACAGGUGAGCUCUUCACCUUUCCUGAAAGCUUUUUACUUAAAGAUGCCAUUGAGCGUGUCCGGUCCUCGCCGCCAGCGACGCCACACGCUUCCUGCCAGCGAGUUCCGCAACCUCACGCCACAGGAUGCCAUCAGUGUGUUUGAGAUUGAGAGAGAAGCUUUCAUCUCAGUGUCUGGAGAGUGUCCACUCACGUUGGACGAAGUGCUGAAAUUCUUAAGUCAGUGUCCCGAGUUAUCCAUGGGCUGGUUUGAGGAAGGACAGCUGGUGGGCUUCAUUAUAGGAUCUGGCUGGGAUAAAGAAAGACUUGCACAGGAAGCUCUGACACGUCACAUACCCAACCCUCCAGCUGUACACAUCCACGUGCUAUCUGUCCACCGGCACUGUCGCCAGCAAGGCAAAGGCUCCAUCCUUCUCUGGCGUUACCUGCAGUAUCUACGCUGCCUUCCAGGUCCACGCCGAACGCUGCUCGUGUGCGAGAAGUUUCUCGUACCUUUUUAUGAAAAGGCUGGCUUUAAGGACAAAGGGCCCUCAGCGAUCACAGUAGGAGCCCUACGCUUCCGAGAGAUGGAAUAUACACUCGCUGGGCUGGCCUACGCGCGGCGUAAAAGCAACUGCUAAAAUGCUCCUACCAUCCCAAUGGUAUGUUUUUACAGUAAAGGACAACACUGUACAGAUUCUGGGCAGCCACUGAAGGCUCAGGAAAGAAAAAAACUAUAUCACCCUAAUGAGUGCUAUCUGAACCAGAGACUGAAAUCAAUUUGAUCUGCAUAUCAACACAAUGCAUCCUGACAAGCUGAUAUUUUCUUAAGAUUAUGCAAAUUAAACAUGACCUGCUACAGUUCUUAUAUCCAAUGGCUUGAAUAGUUGCUGGCAUUGCCUUUAAAAAAAAAAAUCUUUAAUGCCCCCUUUUACAGCUUUAGUUCUUUUGCAAUUACUAUUACACAAGUACUGCUGGACUGAAGUAAAGAAAGUAUUAUAACGAUGACUACAUAAUCAUCUUACAAUAUAUUGCCAAAAGUAUUGGGUCACCUGGUCAUAAGUACGGUAUGUGAUUUUUG